GAACCGGAAACAAGAGGCGGUAAACAAACCACCCGCACUGUAGAAGUGUGCACACUGGCGACCAAAAAAUAUAAAGAGAACAAUGUUUAAGAACACCUUCCAAAGUGGAUUUCUGUCAAUCCUGUACAGCAUUGGAAGCAAGCCGCUUCAGAUAUGGGAUAAGAAAGUCCGGAAUGGACACAUCAAGAGAGUUACAGAUAAUGAUAUACACUCAUACGUGUUGGAAAUCGAGGGAGCAAACCCCAGCACCACCUAUAUUACAUGCCCUGCAGACCCGAAGAAGACACUCGGCAUCAAACUUCCUUUCUUGAUCAUGAUCAUAAAAAACCUCAAGAAGUAUUUUACCUUUGAAAUCCAGGUGUUGGAUGAUAAAAACGUUCGCCGUCGGUUCAGGGCAAGUAACUUUCAGAGUACAACACGGGUGAACCCUUUCAUCUGUACCAUGCCCAUGAGGCUUGAUGAUGGCUGGAACCAGAUUCAGUUCAACCUGUCAGACUUCACCAGAAGAGCCUAUGGGACCAAUUACACUGAGACUCUUCGUGUACAGAUUCAUGCAAAUUGCCGUAUAAGGAGGGUGUACUUCUCAGACAGACUCUAUUCUGAGGAUGAGCUCCCAGCAGAGUUUAAACUGUACCUACCUGUACAGAACCAAAAGGCCAGGCAGUAGAGCCUCUGGGUGCGCAUCAUUCCCAAGAUGUUUUUUUUUUUCAAGCAAAAUUGAAGUAGAAACAAGGAGUAGAACCCAAUACGUUUUUUACUUCCUCCUACUCCUUUUCGGGCCUGAAGGUUAUUUCUCUUUGAUUUAGUUUAAUGACUGUUUAUUUGUAUUCUUUUUUUGUUUUGUGAAAUUGUUUUUUUUGUUGUUGUUGUUGUUGUUUUUCUUUCUGUAUGCUCGAAAUAAAGAUUUCAAUCAAAAAUCAA